CGGCGCCGAAGAGCCAACCAAGACCACCGACGCGUAGCACAGUCCAUUAUUGCCGUCUCCCUUUUGCGUGAGCAAAGAAAGAGAGCGAGAAGAGCAGUCGCCAUGUCUGGCAUCAUCCACAAGAUCGAGGAGAAGCUCCACAUGGGGGGCGACCACAAGAAUAAGGAGGAGGAGCACCACAAGAAGGCCGAGGAGCACCACAAGAAGGAGGAGGGGGAGCACCACAAGAAGGACGGCGGGGAGCACAAGGAAGGCAUCGUGGAGAAGAUCAAGGACAAGAUCACCGGCGAGCACGGCGACAAGUCCGGCGACCACAAGGAAAAGAAGGACAAGAAAAAGAAGAAGCACGGCGAGGGCCACGACCACGACGGCGGCCACAGUAGCAGCAGCAGCGACAGCGACUGAGAUCUGGUGUCGCAGCACAGGUGCAACACAUGUAUGCUUGCUGGAUGGAGGAUUCAUACCAGCUGAUGCUGAUGUAGUGUUUCACUGGUGUCAUGCAUGUAUCGUGCUAUUAUAAUCAAAAAGAAAAAAGAAAUAACAGUCAGGGAUGGUUUGUUUGCCAUGUGAUCUUGUACACUCCUACUUAAAUUAUGGCUGCUGCACGGUGCUGCUAGCUUGUACUAAUAAAGUGUUGAUCUGCAUGCUUGCGUCUUAAUUUGC